AUGGCGGCGGCCAGAGAACCCAGCCAGGCCCAGGCACCGGCGGACACGCAGAGCAGAAGCACGGCCACCACCAGGAAACACCGGACAGCAGACAAGCCCAGGCAGCACAAGAAGGACUCCAGCAUCUCCUCGCUCACCGGCAUCGGGCUGUCCUCCAUCGGCUUCCUCGUCAACUCCGCCGCCAGCCUCGCCCAUCCCAACCCAACCAGCAGCAGCCAUCCAGCCAUGAACUUCUCAGCCACCAACAAGCCCGUCAUCCGCCACAUCACCUCCUCAUCCACCCUGGCAUCCAUCAGCAACAACCAGAGCCUGCUCUCGCUCCCAAAACCGGACCCCAACGCCACCCCAGCCGAAACAACCGGCCACAACCUCAGCGGACUCAUCCUCAAACCGGGCGACGUCUGGAGCCAGGUCAUCCUGCGAGUCAUCCCACUCUUUAACGGUGAAGGACACAAAGGAUUCAUCGAGGACCUCAACGACUUUGUCUCGCAGCAUAUCCACAAGACAAUCGCAGACUCGCCCUCGAAAUCAAUCAUCAAACUGCAUGCGGACAUCACCCAACUCCUCGCAAACGGCGUCAUGAUCCUCAACAACAAACUGCAGCCAGACCAACUCUCCGACGAACGCCUCCUCGUCCGAGUCUUCGAAGUCUGGCACUUCUUCUUCACCGGCGUCCUACCCUAUCUCGAGGCCAUCUUCCUGCCCCUCAUGUCCGACGAAAACCUGCUGAAUAUGAUCGAAAGCAAAAACAACAAAGUCCUCCAGGAACGGCUCCAGCAGCAGCACCUCCUCCAACAAGCUACCACCAAUGCAAGCCUCUUCAGCUCCACCUCCAGCUCACUCCUCUUCCGCCAAUCCAACCGAGCCCAUCCCCCCACCUCCCAACCACCCAAGAACCGCUCAACCGGCUCGCCCAACCCUCGCACAGACCAUCAGGACGUCAUCCAAGGCAUCGAUAUCCGCAGACUCGCACUCAUCGCCUUCCGUGAACACCUCAUCGCACCCAUCCACCCACGCCUCUACAAACUCUUCGCCAUCCUCUACGACCCAACCGCCUGCCCACCAUCCUCCCUCCCAGCCCUAGCCAUCGGCCCCCACUCCUCCGAACACAUGCAUCUCAAACGCCUCCAGAUGGUCGGACUACUCUGCUCAGUCCAAACCGAUGAUGCCAGGCAGUCGAUGAUGGCCGAGUUCAGCAAGCUGAUCCGGCUGAAAAAGGCCAACCCAGACCUGCUCCUCAAACUAUCAUCCAACAACACCAUCCGAAAUAUCCCUCCGCGAACGGCCAGCGCCAACCCGAAUAACGCAGCAGCCAGUCCAGAAGAAUAUGAUGACGACCGACCGUUGGUGAACCUCUUGGACGAUGAGGGCGACGCACAACAUAUCAAAGGAUGGAACAAGAACCGCGACUUUGCUCGCCGGAGUAUCAGGCGUCAGCUCGGAAGGAACGGCUCAGCGAUCCGGCGGAUGAGCCGGGCGAAUAACGACGAGAACUUCGUCCAGCAGCCCGCGGUGCCCACCCACUCGAUGAGGCGGCCGGAGAGGGUCCAGCGGAACCGGGCCAUCCAUCUCCCCCCCUCUGUGCCCCGGAACCUGAUGGAGGAAGGCACGCCGGACUCCUCGCCCGCCUAUCCGAACGGCUCUCCCCCGCGCGCUACCACGCCCCCCACGACGACCGCCACGUUCUGGAGCCAGUCGGCUGGGCGCGAAAGCCUGGACGACGACGAGCAGCCGCUCGAGUACCUCUCCGACCGCGUCCAUCCCUACCACUACUCGCAGCCAGACUUCAAAGAGUCCGGCCAGCGCAGCCGGGCCCAGUACGGGGGGACCUUCAAGACCGGCUCGGCCUCCUCCAACGGCUCCGCCCUCUCCGUCCUCUUACCCCCUCCCACUACCGCCCCCGCCACCGCUGGCCACUCCUCGCGCGGCCACACCCUCCCGGCCUCCAGCACCGCGCCCACCACCAAGGCCGACGAGCUCGACGGCAGCUCCCAGCACGACGCCCAUCCCGCCUCCAAGCUCGCAUCCUCCAUCCACAUCGAGCCCCUCAAGCUCUCCCAUUACCGCUCCCGCUCCUCGUCGAACCUUUCCAAAGACUCCCCCAGCCAUCAGGCCAGGCCCGUUGAAACUUGA